CGCUCUUGGCUUCAAGAUCGCUUCAGUCGCAAGUGGUUUUCUCCCUCCAACCCUACAGCUACGAGCCACGUCUAGCUGGAAAACCAAUCGCAUCUUCUGGCGCACUCUCUGGCGUUGCUCAUUCUUCCCUCGAUUCCCCUUUUUUUUAGUUGCGAUCCUCUCUCCAUGUACCAAGGCGGGCAUCGCCCCUCGUCGCGCGAUGGCGGCAACUCCCGCGAUCGAGACCGCGAUCGCGACCGUCGCAGUCGAAGCCCCCAUGCGCGCCGCUCCGACGACAGAGAUGGCGGCUACCGCCGGUCGAGGAAGGAUUCCCCAGACCCUCCGAGAGACUUGAACUACGACGACGGCGAGGCCGUUGGCGACUACCCUGGACCCGCCCGGGACCGCCACCGCAUACCGAGAGACCGCUACUACUCCAAGACCAGCGACGACCCCAGCCAUUACAACGAUGCAUCUGCUCAACCUUCUGGUCUGGAUGAUCUCCACGGCCAUGGCCUACGUCCUGAUCAUCCUGAUGUUCGAUCUGCAGGAUAUGCGCCCCUGGCUGAGACGCACCGCCAUCGUCCUUUCCGCGGUGGCCCUGACAAUGCGGAUUAUUCGAAUCGAGAUGGGAGACUUCCAGCCGGACCCCAUCUGGGGCAACACGCCGCUCAAGCCGGCCCUAUGGAUCACCAUCUUCUUCGGGGUUCUAGCGGAUAUCGGGGCGCCGUCCCUGAUAAUCGUGGGUCUGGUCACCAUCAUGAUAGACGUCGCCUGGAUCACCGACAAUCGGGCGACUCCGGCCGGGCAGUCCUUUUAAACGGUCUUCCCGAGGAUGCCACCGAGCGUGACAUCCUCUACGGUCUCGACUACAUUACUAGAGACCGUCACUUCUCGAGCGACAAGGUGAGAGUCGCUCGGGUUCGCCACAACUACGAUGGCCGUUAUUUUGCGUUUGUCGAAUUCCAUCGUCGAUCGGACGCUGAGAACUUUCUUGACCGAUACUACCCCGACAUUUCUUUUCGCCUUGAGCAUUCCCGCGGCCUCGAUUCCGAACCGAUUACAGUAACGGUUGCGCCCCCAGAGGACCGCGACGAGGUAGACCCACCUCGCGAGUCACGUAGGGACGACGACGGCUGGGAUUGUAUCAAGUGCGGUGUAAUCAACUACCCUCACCGAGCUGUUUGUUUCAAAUGUAAAACCGAGCGACCUGAAGACGAUUUUGGCGCUUCAGGCCCCUUUCUAACCGGCGAGACGGAUGAGUGUCUUCAGCAAACCCCGUCCCAAUAUGUCGUCAUCCGGGAUCUCGAGGGAUCCGUCACCGAGGAAGUCCUAGCCAAAGGCGUCAUGAAGCUGUUUGUCGACACUCCGAAGCCCGCAAAAGAAGCUCCCACCAUCAACAAACUAAAAUCGACAGCACCAACAAACAGCACAGUUGGCCUCGGAGCAAAACCUGGCUCGCUCCGCCGUGUGUUCCUGAUGCGCGACCGCAAGACUAACGAAUCUUGGAGGUACGGCUUUGCCGAGUUCGCCACCGUCGAGGACGCCAUAGCGGCCGUCGCAAAAUUCCGAGCGUCUACCAGAUUUACUAUUGCGUCUGCACCCGUCGUGGUCGCUUUCAUCCAUACCGGCGUGUUCAUUCCCGCCUUCGACACCUCGGCGACUGAGAACCAAGAGUUCUCAUUCACCCCUAUUUACAACUCCGCCGUGCGUGUCAAGUACUGGGAUGACCGCGCCUAUCCCAGCGCCCGUAUCGUCUCGGCCGAUCCCCUUCCCGGCGCGCCCAGCCCUGACCAGCCCGGCGGCAACGGCGACGAGGCCGCCAAGUCCGCGGCGAAGGCGGCAAAAAAGGCCAAAAAUACUAAGGAGCCCGCCAUCGUCGCCAAGGUGGCCAUGAUGCCACAGGUGCAGCUGUGGGCGAAGGCGUCGGCGCAGCUGCACGGCGCCAAACCGGCGGCCGAUGCGGUUGCGCCCUCCACCCAAGAGCCCGAAGAGGUCAAGUCGUCCGUGGUUCGUGGCGCUCUCCGCGAGGCUGAGGACGCUCAGCCAGACGGCCCAGUCGCCCCGCAAACGGGCGACCGGUACCUCUCCUAUGCCGACUGGGACACCAUGGCCUGCCUUGUCUGCGGCUGGGAGGCUCCAACCCAAGCACACAUAAACCAGCGCGGCUGUCCCCAAGCCCGGGGUGACCUGCUCAUCGAGCACGAGGGACGCUCCCAUGGUUUCUACCGGGACGACCAAAUCAAGGAGAAAGCCGCCGCUGCCCUUAGCGCAUUGGGCAAGGAACCCCGCCCCAUCGUCCGCCGCAUCCCGCGGCUCAAGUCAGAACGCCUACCCGUCUACAAGUCCUACGCGGACUGGGAUCAGCUGCGCUGCGUCCUCUGCAAGCGCAUCUUCAAGAGCGCGAGGCUCGUCUGGCUGCACGAGCAGCAGAGCGAACUGCACAAGCGCAUGCUAGCGAACCCCCAGAACCGCGCCCGCGCCGCCAACGACUUCAAGAAGAUGGGCAAGAAGAUGCGGGUCGUCGAGCCAGAGGUGGACUUCAAGCGGCUCUGGGAGGUUCAGCGCGUGCGCUUCCUACAACCACAAUACCGCGACCGCGCGCUCGAGCGCAGACGAGCAUUCGGCCAGCCAAAACAACCCACCGCCGCGCCACCCUCCUCCUCUGCCACAGCAGCUAGUACUUCAGUCCCCGAAAAGCGCAAAGAACCCGCCGAGAAAACCGACGACCGUGACGGUGGCGGCGGCGGGGCCGAGCAGCCCGCGGCAAAGAAAUCCAAGGGCGCCGGCAUGCUCGCCAAGAUGGGCUGGACGGCGGGCGCCGGUUUGGGGGCCGAGGGCGCCGGCAGGACGGAGGCCGUCGCCACCGAGGUGUAUGCCCCUGGUGUCGGGCUCGGUGCUGAGGGUGGGAAGCUGGGUGACGCGAGCGAGGAGGGGGCGCGCAAUACGAGGGGCGACUUUGGCGCGUUUGUGCAGAAGACGAAGGAGCGGGCGAGGGAGCGGUUUGAGAGGAUGUAGGGAAUGUAGAGGCGUAGAGGCUGGUAUGGUCUGUGCGAUUGGGGGUUUUUGUGUCGUUCGAUGGUGGGGGGUGGGUACCCGACUGUGUGUGUAUGAGUAGAUGUUGCUGCUGGGGGCAGCGGGACAGAUGAUUGCUUUGAUGGCGUUGCAGGGGGAUGGCGGGCAUCAGGUUGGGAGGCAUAUACCCCAUAGCCGGAGGAUGGCUUAAUUUGAUCACGAGAAUAUAUUAUUGCUAGCUGUUGGCCAUUAG